AACAUUUAAACUUAAAUUGAAGAAAAAAAGAAAUAAAUAGUCUUAAAAUGAAUAAAAUGAACCGAAGACGACCUUACGAUGAUGAUGAUGGAUAUGAACGACGACCUAAACGACGCCGAGUAUCAAAUGCAGAAAAUCAGGAAAUUGAAGAUCGCCUUGAAACACUCAUCUUGCGUGUUGGUGAAAACAGUACAAGUAGCUUGGAAUCUAAUUUAGAAGGAUUAGUCUCCGUUCUUGAAGCAGAUUUAGGUACAUUCAGGAAUAAGAUCUUGAGAAUCUUAUCAGAAUGUGCUGUAAAAAUGCCCGAAAAAUGUACAAUCUACACAACAUUAGUGGGAUUACUAAAUGCUAAGAAUUACAACUUCGGUGGAGAAUUUGUUGAUCAUAUGGUGAAAAGUUUCAAAGACAGUCUUAAGAACUGCAAAUGGGAUGCAGCUCGUUAUUCGUUAAGAUUCCUCGCCGAUCUCGUCAAUUGUAAUGUCAUUUCAGCUGUAUCUUUGCUUCAACUUCUCGAAUCAAUGGUUGAUGCAAGUAACGAAGACACCGUUCCACAAGUUCGACGUGACUGGUACGUUUUUUCAGUCCUUUCAACAUUGCCUUGGGUUGGACGUGAUCUCUACGAGAAAAAGGAAUCAGCAUUGGAGAAUCUUCUCGUUCGUAUUGAAAUCUUUCUUAACAAACGAACCAAGAAACAUCACAAUGCUCUUCGUGUUUGGUCUGUUGACGCUCCUCAUCCUCAGGAAGAAUAUUUAGAUUGCUUGUGGGCACAAAUAAGAAAAUUGCGUCAAGAUAAUUGGUCGGAAAAAUAUAUUCCACGUCCUUACAUGGCAUUUGAUUCGAUUCUUUGUGAAGCACUUCAACAUUCACUUCCAACAAUUAAUCCGCCGCCACAUCAUGAGAGUUACUCAUAUCCAAUGCCAUGGACAGUUUAUCGAAUGUUUGACUACACUGAUUGCCCUGAUGGUCCAAUUCUUCCAGGAGCUCAUUCAAUUGAAAGAUUCCUCAUCGAAGAACAUUUGCAUUCGAUUAUCGAAGCUCACAAUUUGGAGCGAAAAGAUUGCGCAAGUCAAUUGCUGAGUUUUCCGUACAAGAACAAAAUCCCAUUGGAAUAUUGCAUUGUUGAAGUGAUUUUCAGUGAGCUUUUCCACAUGCCAACACCACGCUAUUUAGAGAUCUGUUAUGGCUCCAUCAUGAUCGAAUUGUGCAAGUUGCAACCAUCAACAAUGCCUCAAGUUCUUGCACAAGCAACUGAAAUUCUUUUCAUGCGAAUUGAUUCAAUGAACACUUCAUGCUUCGAUAGAUUUGUGAAUUGGUUUUCGUAUCAUUUGAGUAACUUUCAGUUCCGUUGGUCAUGGGAAGAUUGGGACAGUUGCUUGCUGUUGGAUAAUGAACAUCCACGACCAAAAUUCAUCCAGGAAGUUCUUCAAAGAUCACUUCGUUUGUCUUACUUCCAAAGAAUCAAAGAUAUGAUGCCGGAAUCUUAUGAGAAACUUCUGCCAGAACCGCCGAGUCCUAAUUACAAAUACACAUCAGAAGGUGCAGCAUCAUUGCCUGGAACAGCAACAGCUCACAAACUUGUCGUUGCAAUUCGACAAAAGUGUACACCAGAAGAAGUUCUCAAUGAGUUGAAGGAUUUACCAAAUCCCAGAGACACUGAAAAUGACAUGGUCGAGACGACAUUUAAUCCUUUGAAGAUCGAUGUGUUUGUUCAAACACUUUUGAAUUUGGGAUCGAAGAGUUUCUCACAUACAUUUGCUGCAAUCUCAAAGUUUCAUUAUGUUUUCCGGCAACUCGCUGAGUCGGAGGAAGGACAAAUUUGUGUGCUGCAUAAUGUCUUCGAACUGUGGAGAAAUCAUCAACAGAUGAUGGUCGUUAUUGUUGAUAAACUUCUUAAGACGCAAAUUGUUGAAUGCUCAUCAGUUGCAACUUGGGUGUUCUCAAAGGAAAUGUCAUCGGAAUUCACAAAAAUGUAUUUGUGGGAGAUUUUACAUUUAACGAUCAAGAAGAUGAACAAACAUGUCAUGAAAUUGAGUGCAGAUUUAGUUGAAGCUAAAGAAAAGAUGGCACGAGAUGCUGAGUCGUCUUCGAGUGAGGAUUCUGAUGGUGAAACAACAACACGGAAAAAGAAAGAAGAUUCAGGGGAGAAGCCGACUGAUGAGAUGGUGGAAAAAAUGGAAGAGAAACUUGAAGCUGCUUAUGGCGAUCAAAAGAGAAUUUUCUUAAUCAUUUUUCAACGUUUCAUUAUGAUUUUGUCUGAACAUUUGGUGAAAUGUGAUACUGAUGGACGUGACUAUAACACUGACUGGUAUCGUUGGACAAUUGGACGCUUACAGCAAGUUUUCUUAGUGCAUCACGAACAAGUACAAAAGUACUCAAGCACUUUGGAGAGUUUACUUUUCACCCAAGUCGAUUCCCACAUUUUGGAUGUUUUCCAGCAAUUUGUCGCUUUAAAAUCAUAAAUUACUUUUUUCCUUUUUGAUUUAUUUAAGAGAACUUUUCAAAUUGUUUUCAAUCAAUUCAUAGAUCAAAUCGAUUACUAUAUUUUUCUUUAAUGACAUUUGGAAAUAUUCAAUAAGCACUUUCAACGACAGGAGACAAAUAAAUUAAAGAAGAAACUUGUAGAAAGAUUAAAAAGACUCUUAAUAUGCAAAAGAAAAUUAAUAAAUAAUCGAUAAAAAAAA